AUGGAGGCUGAGCUCUAUUUUUCCGCUUACGAUGCCCUACAUCAGGGUAAAUCUGCUGUACGGCGGCUCGAACUUCGCUUGCAAAACGUUUCUAGCAUUGGAAAGAUUGUCUGGUCUUCAUUUGAUUUCAUGUGUGGACCUGAGAUGAAAUUUGUAUGGGAGGUCACAUCGUCGUCAUCGGUGUCACCUGUGAAUCUCAGUGGAGAAGAAGGUUCGGUGAACGACGCCGAGAGCCUAGAUUCUUCCAUGUCCACACAAUCUGCUCAGUAUGAGGACAUUGAUGAUCCACUAGAGACCGAUCUGACAUGUACGGCAGGAGUGAUGGACGAUACAUUCCUGGAUGAUUCCGUAUAUCAUGAGUAUCACAUAUCAAGUCGAAAUGCAGGUGUCGCUUACCGUGAGCUACGGUAUCUUGAUGAGUUCAUGGUCGACAGUCACUACAGUAAGGCCGAGUCCAACUGCACAAUGACGGACUCUUGCGUGCAGGAAGGUACGUCCACAUCGAGGUCAACUUCGGCUUCUACUACGGCAACAAUGUUACAAAGUGCAGAGGAUCUGAUUGAGUCAGAAGGCGUUAAUGUGGAUGAAUCUACUGGUCCAAUUGAUCCAAUGGUAGGAACUCCAAUGGAGCUGAUGAAUAUUUCUACACUGUUGUCAUCGGAAAACCCAAGGCCGUCCGAUGAUACUCUUUCACAAACGAUUCGAGCAAGCAGGAAUGGUUCAGAAUGCUCUACGAAGACACUAGUAAAACUAGCUCGUCUUCGUUCUCUAAACUGUCCGAGGAUGAUGAAUGCAAAUGACAAAUGUGCAAAAGAUACAGAAGUCGUAGACAGUGAGAAAGUCGCUAAUGUUCUUACCACUUCUUGCGUGGAUUCCGGUAUUGGAGGCACAAUUUCAACACAUAGUGAAUUGAGCGCAUUUUGCCUGUCGCCUUCUGCUGAGAUUCCACCAAAUCCUCCAAAAUCAUUUCUUGGACCGUUCAUGAACUACAGACAGCAGCAGUCAAAUGCAUCCACACCAGGAUCGUUUGAUGACGAUGUCGUGUCACUUCUUGACUUACCAAUUGCUCCUCGUGAAGAUACUGUGGCUGAUGAAGUAUUUGUAUCCAAAUUUGUUUUGUCCGAACAAGUUUUCAGUACGCAAUUGCCCUCCAAUCCUCUGAUGCAUAAAGUAACCGUGGUUCCUUCUCGAAAUCUUUUGGUCGGAUCCUUUAUAUUCUCAGUUACUGCACGAGAUGGGAACAAAACAAUACAUGCGAUUUCGUUUUUAAUGAGUUGUUGCAAGCAGGAAUGGUAUCUGGAAAGACAACCGUUCCUCGAGUCAGCAGUUCUUGACACUGUUCCUAAAAUCAAAGCAGCUAUGAUUGCAAUUAAAAACACGUUACUAACUGGAAAGCGUUGUCACAGUGACAAAGUACUAUGUAAAGCGAUAUCGGGCGUACUUCAAAGUCAAGGCUAUUGCGUCAUAAUAGGUUCCAAUACCAAAUUAUGUGUCAAGGUCCCUUACGUUCGACUCCAAGCUGUACGUAGAUGUGAGCUACCAUAUGUGAUGCAGUGUGGAGCGCUCUCAAGCUGGCCGAUAUGUGUUGUCGAUGUGGACCGUGCUACAGUCUGUAUGUCGCCACCUUAUAGCCGUCAUCGAGUUUUGAAGCAGAGGGCUGAUGCACAGAGGAUCAACAUCAUUCUUGAUAGCUCUUUCCGAUGCAAGCCUGUCACGCUAGAAAUGACCUCAUGUCGUGUUCUCGAAUGUGUUAAGACAUUUUUGCGGCGAAUUGAUCUACUUCCUUUAGAGGAGUCCGCUCGCAUGGGACUAGUGAACCAGCUGAUGCUAUAUGUAGAAAAUGCUGCGCGAGCGCUCAUUCUGUAUGUGCAGCAUGCCAGUGAGCCUUUACCUUCCGAAAAGAAUUCGGCUACGAAGAGCUCUCGAUUCUCUCUGAACGAGUGUCGAAGAGCCUUAGACUUGCAGUCAGAUAGCUGGUUUCAUGCUGUUCUCGCAAGAGCUGAGUUGAUAGUGCCUGACAUUGCUGAAUUCAUCUAUAACUCUGGGUGA